CUCUGUUGUGGGGUCCUUGCUGCAGUACUUCCCUGGCCACGUAGUGAGAAGCUCCUGUGUUGACAAAUAAUGACAUUUGGCUGCGGCUUUCCAAACUUUGUUCUUCGUUCACGUUAAACUGAUAUACCUCGGCGAUAGCCUGGUGACUUGACAAAUUUAGGAGUUUGGACGUUGUUUUAAACGGAUCCAAAAUGUCAUGGUUUGCUGAUUUGGCUGGCAAAGCUGAGGACUUCCUGAAUAAAGUGGACCAAGGAGCUGCCACAGCCCUGAACAAAAACCAGACACAAACGACCUCCUUUACGUCAUCUUAUGAAGGAGACUUCACUGUCAAAACUGCAUACAACACUGCAGAAUACAAGACAGAUGUAGGUGCUUGCAUAUCCUCCCAUGAUGGCCCGAGUUACAUCUCCGCAGCAGCCAGCAACAUCAGGAAAUCCAACGCUACGCUGUUGGCUGGUACAGCCAACGUGUCGACUAACCCCGCCAACUCAGCCAACGUUCCUGCCAAGGCAUCUUCUGGGUUUGUGAGACCAACAAAGAAUGAGCAAGAUGUGAAUGAUGACAUGCUGUUUGACUUUUUGAACAGCUCAGACACCCCAGCCAGUGUCCGGAAAGAUUCAAGAAGAGAACUUGUAAAUGUGGCAGUUCCUGUCACCGAGGCCCAAAGCCCGCCACUUUUCCUUUCUACCACUUCUUGUACAAUCCCUUCAACCCCAUCCACACCCCCCUCAACCCGUGGUGUGUCCCAGGCCUCCAGUCUCAGCUCACUGUCUGCUCACAGCACCAAAAUGUCAGAAGAAAGCUCUGCUCAAGAGCAAUGCCAAGCCACCACAGAUGAACAAGAGAACACAGACUUGGGAUCAACUGUUGCUCAGGAGAUCAGCAGGCAGGACCCUCCUUCCACAGAGGAGCCACAGAGCCAGAUCCUGUCCAGCCUGCGCCUGGAAAACCAACUUCUGCGCAGUGAAGUGUCUUCCCUCAAUCAGGAGAUGACUUCGGUCAUACAGAGAGCAAAAGACCUGCAGGAAGAACUGAACCAAGCUCGUCUACGUACAGACAAAUGGAACUCAGAUCAGUCUAAAACAGACCGGGCGUUACGGGAACUUCAGUCACGGGUUGAUGACCUGACAGAAGCCCUCUCUGCUAAAGAUAGUCAACUUGCAGUGCUGAAAAUCAGACUUGAUGAAGCUGAUCAGCUUCUCAAGUCCCGAAAUGCUACCCUAGAGGAAGUGCAGAAAGAAAAGUCAAGAAUUAUGCAAGACCAUACAGAAGGCAGCAGCAUGCAUUCCCAAGCUCUGGAGACGAUGCAAGAGAGACUGAGGGAGGCUGAACUGGCUCUGCGGAGGGAACAGGACAGCUAUCGGCAGAUACAGAAUGAGUAUACUGGCCGCCUGUCCAAAUUGGAGGCUGAGAGACAGACCCUUGCAGAAACUGUGACUGCAGCAGAGCGACGCAUUGGAGAAGAAAAGCUCAGAGGUGACGACUUCCAGCAGCAACUGAAAAGUGCCAAAGUUGCAGCAGAGACUAUGAAGCAGGAGCUACAAGACUACAAGCACAAAGCUUCACGCAUCCUGCAGUCUAAAGAAAAGCUGAUCAGCAGUUUGAAGGAGGGAUCUGGUCUGGACACUUUAGGUGGCAACGGGACCAUGGUACUGGAGCUGGAGGAACUGCGUCAUGAGAAGGAGCUGCACAAGGAGGAAAUCCAAAAACUACAGGGCCAAGUACAGUCCCUUCGAUCAGAGAUACAGGAUUUGGAGAAUCAGGCACUGACAGAGGCAGAAACAUGGCGAGAACAACAAGUGCAGUUACAGGAGCAACAACUUUUACAAAACAAAGCUAAGCAGGACAUGGAGGCUGAGGUGGACCGCUAUAAACAUGAAAUGCAGUAUUUAGAGGAAGAGCACCACCGCGCCAAAAUCACGCUGCAGAGCCGAAUCAAGGACAGAGAAGAUGAAAUCCAAAAACUCAGGAACCAAUUGACCAACAAAACUCUGAGCAGCAGCCAAACUGAACUAGAAAAUCGGCUGCACCAGUUGACUGAAACACUAAUUCAGAAACAGACGAUGCUGGAGGCUCUGGGAACAGAAAAAAGUUCUCUGGUCUUUCAGCUGGAGCGUCUGGAACAGCAGCUGAAGGAUGUUCAGGGGGGACACAGUGAAGGUCCAACCAUCAACAUGAGCACUCUAGAGGGAACAGGGGCACGUCAGAGAAACAUGCCGCUCCUUUUUAGUGACCAAGAUCGUUCAGGAGUGUACGGAAAAGUACGUAAGGCAGCCAGCACCAUUGACCGUUUCAGCAUAAGGCUUGGAAUCUUUUUGAGGCGAUAUCCUGUAGCCAGACUUUUUGUCAUUGUGUAUAUGGCAGUACUGCACUUGUGGGUCAUGAUUGUUCUUCUAACCUACACACCAGAAAUGCAUCCCAGCCAGCCUGAUGGAAGGCCAAAAGUUUGAUUUCAUGUUUGAAUCAUGAUUGCCCCUGAGGUGUUUCACAUUAGGACGGUAAAAGCUGCUGAAAUAUUGGGUUCUGGGAACUGAUUCUCUGUUUUGCACAGAUAUGCUAUUAAUAGUUAUUUGCUGUAACUUUCUUUCAAAGUAAACUGUAUUAUCUGACAGAAGCAUCAAGUUUUAAAAUAAUUAGCCUUUGAUAGACUGUACUGGUGGUCUCCUGAAAGGCCAUUAACUCAAAUAUGAUUUCACAUUGUUCUUCUUAUCACCUGCUAUCAGGCCUCUGCUCUGUGAGACUGUAUUUAUCAGUAUGUAAAGAAAAUCUUUUAAUAAACAAAUUUAAGCCAUC